UGGAAGGUGAAAACACAAAAGGGUUCCUUCUGCCAUCUGAACAUAGAAGUGACUGUGGGAUUGCCUCCUGAUACGGUCUUCGACAUUUUCACUCAUCCCGACAACAAACGCUACUUCCGUAACAUCAAGGAGAACAUAUCAAGGAAGAUUUUGAUAAAUGAGGAGUCGAGGCAGGUGGUGGAGGUUGAGCAAGCUGCUGCUUGGAACUUCCUCUGGUGGUCCGGAACCUUCCCCGUCCAUCUCUUGGUUGACGAGAACAGAAAAGAUUUCUCUUCAAAGUACAAGCAAGGGAAGACAAUGUUCAUGAAAGUGUUCGAGGGGUGCUGGAGAGUGGAGCCAUUGUACGUGGACGAGCAUCUGUGCGGAAAAGAGAAGCCCAAGACAAGAGAAGAGUACAGGAGGUGCAGCGGAGGGAGAGGAUGUCAAAAGCGUUUAGGAUGA